AUGGCAGAAGAUCCUUCGAGCUGUAGUUCUUGUUCUGAGCUACCGGACUUAGAGGAAAUGGACCUGGGAACCAAUGAGACGGAACAGCUGCUCAUUGAUUACCGAGCCCUAAGUCUAGGCGAUCCUCUCAAAUCAUACGAUGACGAUGCUUUCGAAGAGGCUAUGCAACUACGAGCCCGUGCAUUGAAUGCCUACCCGGAAAAAUUGAAUACAGCCAUCCUCCUUCUCACGGAUGCUAUUAAUCUCUGCCCGUGUUCGGCCUUGAUGCUUAUGUCCCGAGCACAAGUGUUGUUUGACAUAGGUGAACUUGCUGCUGCUAUACGGGAUCUCAAAGCUGCUACAGAGCGCUCCCCUACCCACGUUGGCUCCUUUAGGCUUCUUGGCAAAGCCUACACUUAUCUCUGCCAUUACGGAGAAGCGCUUGCAGCUUAUCAGAAGGCACAGAGCCUUGAUUAUAGCGAAGACGUUGCAGAGCUUAUUAAAGGCUUGAAUCCGAAGGUCGAAGCAGAGAAGCGGGAGGAAGCAGAGGCAAAACGUCUCUUCGAAGAACAGCAAAACAAGGCAUCUGCCAAGGCACAGGAGAAGAAGGAACAAUCAUUUGCAGACCGAGUGUAUGCAGAGGUCGAAACUGCAAAGUCUAAGGGGGGUCCCCUACCAGAAGCAUUUCGUGUUCUUGACAAUCUGAAAUCAGAGGCACAGAGCCUCUCCGCCUCCACAGCUCAGAAGUUGCUAUCGAAUAACACUACUGCUCAGGCCAUGGAGGACCCUGAGUUUACUCGGAAGCUUGACGAAGUCGCCAAGGAUCCGGCCGCCGCUGCCGUUCACAUGAGAGACCCUAAGUUUGCUAAGGCGUUCAUGGAAAUUAUCAACUGCUUCAAGUAA